AUGAUCAAUGAAAUAUCACCACCAGAAGACAGGAAAAAGAAUUUCCGCAUGUCGAAGGACCAGUUUAUUGAGUUGUGCGAAGAACUACGACCUUAUAUUUCGCCAGGUACAUCGCCAAAUUAUCUCGCGUUAUCUGUUGAGAAAAAGGUUGCUGUGACGUUAUAUUAUUUGAAGGACACUGGCACAAUUUGGAUGACGGCAAAUACAUUCGGAAUUCACCAGUGCACAGUUUCGAAGAUAGUACUUCAAGUGUGUCGUGCUAUAUCAACCCACCUAUGUCCUAAAUACAUUCAUCUCCCCAGAACAGAAGAUGAAAUGAGAGUUAAAGUUGCAGAGUUCGAGACAAAAUUCGGAAUGCUACAUGCGAUGGGGUGUAUUGAUGGGACCCAUGUUCCUAUUCGAAGACCAAAUGUCGAUUCUCAGGACUAUUUUAAUUACAAGCAAUUCUUCUCCGUCAGCGUUCAAGCAGUAUGUGAUGCUAAGGGACAACUACCAAAGACCUUCAACAACCUACUCCCUGGUCAUAACAAGAUUCCUAAUUAUGUCAUUGGUGACCCUGCCUACCCUCUAGCACCAUACUGCAUGAAGGAAUUUCCGUCUUGUAAAAGUGAUGCUGAAGUGAUCUUUAAUAAUAUGUUGAGGUCUGCCCGAAACCCAAUAGAAUGUGCUUUUGGUCGCCUUAAAGCCCGCUGGUCUAUCUUGUCAAGAAAAAUGGAUCUGAAACUCACUACAGUUCCAAAAAAUGUUUUGGCAUGUUUUGUGCUCCACAAUUUCUGUGAACUUCAUCAUGAUGAUAUUGAUGUAGAGCUUGUGAGAAAUCAAAUUGCAAGAAAUAUUACUGAUGAAAAUAUGCACAGGGAUUUCCCAGACCCAGUCUAUUCUGGCAACACUGGGGAGGGUGAAGCCAUAAGGAACACCCUUACUGAAUACAUACAAGUACACUUGCCAGAUAAAUCUUAA